AUGGAUCUAAAAGAAACAAUUACUAAUUUAGGAUCAGAUCUAAGCCAUUUCAUAGCUAAUGAUGCAACUGACGCACCAGAAACAAAAACAACAACAUCAACAAUAACAACAUCAACAACAAUAACAUCAACAAUAACAACAUCAACAACAACAACAUCAACAACAACAGCAUCAGCAUCAUCAACAACAACAACAGCAACAUCAACAACAACGACAACGACAACGACAACGACAACGACAACGACAACAUCAACAACAACAACAACAGCAACAACAACAACAGCAACAUCAACAACAACGACAACGACAACGACAACGACAACAUCAACAACAACAACAUCAACAACAGCAACAUCAACAACAACAUCAACAAUAACGACAACCACAACAACAACAACGAUAACAUCAACAACAACAAUGACAACAUCAUCAACAACAACAACAUCAACAUCAACAACAACAGCAACAUCAACAACAACGACAACGACAUCAACAACAACAACAGCGACAUCAACAACAACAACAACAACAACAACAUCAACAACAACAACAACGACAUCAACAACAACAACAACAACAACAACAUCAACAACAACAACAACUACAACAACAACGACAACAUCAACAGCUAUAACUACUACUACAAUAAUGCAAUGUGCUCCCAUAAAACCAUAUGGUAUUAACGUAAUUGAUCGUACAUCAUCGAUGUUCACGGGACUCAUUACUUACAAUUGUCCCGUUAUAAGCUCAUCUGACUUAGCUAUAUACGAGAACACCUCGUCGAAUUGUUCUGUCACUGAAGUUAAUCCAGAUAGUACUCAAAACAAAAAAGUUAACGUUACAUGUUACGAUAUUAAAAAUAAGGGCGGUCGUAAUUUCGAAUUUGGUAUCGGUAGAAAACUUCGUAAUUAUCAUAUUGAAAAUGCAACUUUCACCAUUACACUGGUACCAAAAUAUCUAAAUACUUCGGCAUAUAUUAACAUAACCGUUAAUGACAAUAUGAGAUUAGCAUUAAUUUCAGUGGCGAAUUGUGAAGAAAUAGCUGAUCCAAAUGACCUUGUCUUUGAAUGUGAUAAUUCCAAUAGCUCAAAUGGAUCUCAUCUAACAAACUGUCAACACACAUGUUCUAAUCUGGUACCAGGUUCUUGUUAUAAUGCAUCAUUGAUGCUACUACCCAUCAAAAUAGAAGACAAAUAUGCCAAUUUUUCGGAAGAAAAUAAGUCUCAAACAUAUUGUACAAGUCUUGAUAAAAUAACAAAUAUGACUUUUUCUGGUAAUUUGAUGGAGAAUAGAUCAGCAAUGAUUCAAUUCAAAGUACCUGAUGGAUAUUAUGAUGAACUUCAUUUUAAUUGUAAUGCAAAAGAUCAACAUUGUUAUGAAUCUUUCAGAAAUCUGACCAAUAAUAUUAAAAACUGUUCCUAUUGCGAUUCGAUUUUGAUGCAUCAAGUAGUUCAGGGAGUUGCAUACACAUGUCAAGCAUUCACUAUACAAGAUCGUUUCAACGAUACUGCAUCGGAUGAAUUAAACUUUAAUACAACGCUGGAAUCUGUGCUGUAUGAAGAAGAGACCUCCUUUAAUACAAGUCAUUUUAAUUUCACUGUUAUUCAUCAAAGUGAUUUUGAUAAUAUUGUAACAGAUUGUAUUGUGGCUGGCAAUCUAUCAUUUCCUUGUUCUGACAUUUCAGUUCGACAUGAUAAUUGUUCCAAAACUUUAAACUUUAAAGGACUUCUCGGAUGUAAUUAUGAAUGCUCAUUUAUAACAGAGAAAAUCAAUUAUAGAAACAUAACUUCAAAAAUUAUCGAUAUUACUCUUCGUGAUUAUCUUAUUAACUUGAUCAACCAAAUCUAUUAUGAACUUCAUCUUCAACUUAAUUCAAAUUGCAAUGUGUCAUCUAAAUCAAUUAAUGUUAAAACAUUACCAGAAGGUAAAUAAUACUCUUCUUUUUGUUUUAAUCGAAUUUAAUCUCAAUAAUAUACAGCACCCAUAAGACCAACUGCUGCUGAUGUGGAAAAUAAAAUUAUUUUACAAGAGAAUAAUGGUACAUCAACAACCAAUCAAUAUGUUGUUCAUAUAGACCUAUCCUUAUUUUCUAAUGACUAUGGUACUGUAGAAAAAUAUUUGAUUUAUGUUCGUCAAGGUAAAAAAUUAAUUUUGUUUUGUUUUUUAUAUAGAGGCAUGUUCUGGCAGAGGAGAGGUGUCGCGGAUGGAUGCCUUUCCCACAAUAAUUGAAAUGUUUUAACUAUUUUUAUUAGUCAAAAAGACGAAAAAUAACAGAGGUGCGCGANUGUACUCUGAUUUACUCAUGUACUAUCAUAAACCAAGUAUGUACUCAGACUACUAUAUGUACUGGGAAAAAUCUUAGAAUAGGCGGGACUGUACUCUCGUGUACUCUGAAUAUUACUUGUACUGCGUGUGGGUGCGGGCGUAGUGUAGUUCAGAAGAAUCACACCCACACCCACACACCCAUAUUCAGAGUACAUGAGAGUACAAUCCCACCUAUUCUAAGAUUUUUUCCAGUACAUGUUGGCGUUCAGAGUAUAUUAGGCUUUAUGGCAGUACCUGAUGGUGAUAGAUGUUUGUUUCAGAGUACAUUUAGUACUCGUACUCGCGCAGCCAUCAAAAAUAAACAAGUCCUCGAAGUUUGCUAAUUUUUUUCAAAAGUAUAGAAAUAAAUGAAUUUUUUCUUUAACAUCGUAUAAAGUAAAAUUAAAGUUUUCACUGUGAGAAAAGUAAUCACUAUAGAAUGAUAGUUGAUUUAGGAAUUCACUCAUGUAUAGUUUCAGUGACAUGUUACAAUUUUUUUAAGAUGCACGAAAAUCAAAGUUAAAGUGAAAUUUCGUUUUUUGAUUUUCAUACAGCAUCCAAUAGAGAAUUUCAAGGCAGUCACGAAUAUGUGUGCCUUGCAUUUUCUUAAACCUUUUUUCCGGUCGAAAAAUUGAAAAAACUCAGAAGGUGUGAGAAACAGAUAAUUUGGCAACUUUUCAUAGAUGCCUCUUUUUUUAAAUAUAUUACGAGAUGAAAUCUUCUAACUUAGU